AUGGAGCGUGGGAUUACAGAGGGCAAAAUUGAGUCGCCCACUCCAUCCACCCAACUUCCAGAGCAGCAAGUAUGUCAGGAUGCCUCGUUCCCCGGUACACAGGACUAUCGGGACGAGGCAGAAACCCGUCUAGAGAUUGUCAAUGGAACUUCGGAUCUGGUCAGUAAUACUGCUCAGAGACCAAGCAAUGGUCGAGUUUUCAACGGCAACACGUCGUUUUUCCAUCCAACCCCAGAGGGAAAUCCGAUGGAUAUGAUCUCCCCGGACCUCGUGUCUUUUCCGAAUACCAGCCCAGAUGGCGGAGCCGAGUUCAACCAUUCCAUGAUGGGAUUCGAGGGCUUUCUGCCAGGCGACUUCAACUUCAUGUCUUACGAUCCUGCCCCGAGGAUUGGCGGUGGUGUGGACUGGCUCAAUCUCGACCUUGACUCGCCCGGUACUGGCGAACUUCAAGCUCACUAUCAGAGUGGAGCUUUUGGGCAACCGAUGUAUUUUCAACCAUCGAUCCCGCUUGACCUGCAAGAGCCGCUGCAAAACAGAAGCCACCAAGCCAUAUCUGCACAACUCAUGCCAAUUCGACACCAAGAAUCCAAAAACCUUUCGACCAAGUCGUCCGAGUCGCGAGCCACCUCUCAGCAAUGGCCCUUUGACCACACACGGAACCCUGAAUCUCAGCGAUACAGACUCCCUCCUUUACGAGACAUUUUACAAGGCACUGUUGCCUCUAGUGAAACUAACAAUGGGACCACUAUCAGAAGUCUGAUUCAGCUGCUGUCGUCACCAUACUUACCAGAGCAAGAUCUCUCUCACGACCCGAGCAUGAAAUCUGCAAUGGAGCUGCUGAAAAAUUCCUUAGAUUUGUACUUUGCAGAAUUCCACAACAUUUUGCCUCUUGUACACGUUGCCACCUUUCAGAUGACCAAAGUCCCUACCGUCACACUGGCCGCCAUGGCUUGUAUUGGAGCCAUGUACUCAGACGACCAACAGGGGACAGAACAGUCAUGGUCUUUGAGUGAAAUGUGCGGCCAAAUGAUUGCAUGGCUGGGCGUGGGAGAUAGCACUCGCUUUUACAAUGCGCCGUAUCUCAUUGCUUGCUGCCUUCACCAGAUCUAUUCACUUGGGUCUGGGAAUAUGAGGCUUUACGCUAACGCAGAUUGCUCGAGGGGCAUAUUGAUGGGUUGCCUCCGCGGGAUGGGUUUGUUGAAGUCCCGUAUCAGCACCGAGGUUGAGUGGGAAGAUUUCAAAAGCCCCCUGCCCAACGAGAAUGCAGCAACUGAGUGGCUGAGAUGGAAAGACCAGGAGCAAGAAAAGCGCAUUGCUUGGUCUUCUUUCGAGUACGACUGCACUUUAUGCACCUUAACCGCGCGACGAGGUGCUGCUGACUUACAGGAACUGCCGUCUUUUCUGCCCUGCACUGAGCCUUUGUGGGAUGCGAGAUCCCCUCAAGCCUGGGCAGCUCUUUACUCACGCCUUACCCCGACCGCCCGAGGAGCCUCGACCGCGAAAAUACUUCGAAAUCUUCUGGCUGGAAAAGGCAUCCCUGAGGAUCUACCGGCGUGGGGAAAGAGGCUGUGCGCACAGAGCAUUGGCCGACUUCUUUGGGACAUCAAGCAGUUGGACAUCAUGGCGACCACCGAGUACCUGAAACUCCCUUCUCUGGCUGCAGCUCAGAGACAGACCAAAAAGCACUCUACUGCAAGGACUCAAUGCGCUUUGUGA